AUGGGCAGCUCUGCAAACUUUGACGAUGCCCGCGACCUGGGUGGCCAACGCGUGGCCCUGUACGGCUAUGCAGCCCUUCAAGAUGUGCUUGGGGCUCCGGCUCUGCAUGCCUUCCCGCAUGCAAAAGUUGGAAACGCCUCCUGGGUCUCGACGGAAUCUCUCGAUGCCGCCAAAGUCAUGGAGUUCACCAAUCUCAAGAAGAAAUGGACGUAUUGGACCGUCUAUCUUAUCGUCGUUGCCGCAGCCGGGCUGCUCCAGGCGACUUUCGCAGCCGUGGCUCCCCCACGGAACCUCUUCAUUAUAUCAGACCUGAUGCCUUGGGUCGGUGCAGUUCUCAUAACUGCCAUUGACCGGCCGUCAAAGACCCCAAAGACUCUGCUCUGCCUGUAUCUCAGCAUAUUUGCCUGCGGUAUCGUUUCGACCGCUUUCAGCUACAAGCUCCACGGUUACAUCUCCAUUCCCACAGUCGUCGACCCUCUGAUCAGUCUUGUCGCACUCAUGGGCAUCGUUGCGAUGCCAAUGCGCGACCCCCGGCUCAGUGACGACGGCAUCGCUCACUCCGACCCUAGUUACGAACUUCGCAGCCCCGAAGAUAACCUCACCUUAUGGAAGUUCAUGACGGUAUCGUGGAUGGGGCCUCUGAUCGCCAGGGGCUCCGAGAAACAGCUUCACGACGAGGACGUCUGGCAGCUGCCCUUCGAUUUCCAGCAUGACCGGCUUCACACCCUCUUCCGCGAUCUUCGUGGCUCGAUGAUGACCAAGCUCAUCUCGGCCAAUGGAAUGGACCUCAUCAUCCAGUCGUGCCUGGGAAUCAUUGAGACCGCCGCAAAUCUGUCUAUUCCGAUCCUGCUCAAGCAGCUCUUGCAGUCAAUCCAAGGCGGCGAUCAGAACGUGGAGGUAUCUGUUCUCUACGCAAUAGCUAUUCUUGCUGUCCGUCUCGCUGCUUGUCAGUCGGCAGUCUUCCAGCUAUGGUAUUCAAGACGCUGCUACGAGAGAUCUAGAGGUGAGAUGAUCACCACACUCUAUGCUAAGACCCUCUCUCGAAAGUUCUUCGGUCAACCUGCUGCGGAGCAGAUGCUUGCCGGCGACGGAGCUGCCAAUGGCGAUGUCAAUCACGACGACGCCGACGACAGCAACGCAGACAGCGAAUCUGCAAGCCGGUUUCGCAAGGUCAUAUCUUGGUUCCGGUCACCAAAGAAGAACAAUCACAAGUACAAGAAGGUGCAAGAGCACAGACAGCCUGCUACUACGGGAAAGAUCCUGAACCUCAUGAGGAGCGACGUCUACGAGGUUGCCCAGCGGUUUUGGGAAUUCCCCACUCUCGUCACGAAGCCGCUUCAGUUUAUCCUGUCCUUCGUCCUCGUUUGGCAGCUCCUCGGCUGGCCUUGUGUUUUGGGCAUGGCCUGCGUCAUUGUUGCGCAAGUUCUGAACACCAUAUUCAUCGCACAGCUUCUGAAGAAAGAGCGUCUUCGAAGGGCUGCAACGGACGCGAGGUUGCAAUCGACAUCCCAGUUUGUUGAAGGCAUCAGACACCUCCGCUGGUAUGACUGGCAGUCCAAGUGGUUGGACAGCAUCAUGGUCACCAGACAGCACGAGCUCAACACCAGAAUCGUUACGGGUCUUUGGAGGAUCGCCAUCGCCACCAUCAACAUCGCUUCCGGGACCCUUUUCCCUGUGGCUACUUUCUUCGCUUAUACGUUCUUGGCUGGCAAGACUCUCACUGUCGACGUGGCCUUCCCGGCCCUUCAACUAUUUGCCAUGCUGGAAACCAGCUUCAAGGAGCUGCCCAACCUUAUCACCGUAGUUUUGAACGCAUCUAUCGCCAUGGGCCGUAUCGAACAGUUCAUGGGCGAGCCUGAUAAGGAUGGCGUGUACGCUGACCAUCUAACAAACGACAUCAAGUUCACCAAAGCCUCUUUUGCCUGGCCUGGGUAUGAGCGGCCAGUGUUAAGAAACCUCGACCUGACCUUUCCCCAGGGUCUCACCGUUGUCUUCGGCAAGGUUGGCUCGGGAAAGUCGGCCCUGUUACAGGCGAUUCUCGGAGAACUGGAUCGCCUAAUGGGCGACGUUAUCAUUCCAACCGAACCGAUCGGCUUCUGCGCUCAAUCCCCGUGGCUUCAGCACAUGAGCAUUCGCGACAACAUCUUGUUCUCGGCGCCUUUCGACGCUGCUCGGUACACCCAAGUACUUGAUGCUUGUGCAUUGCUUCCUGACCUGGCCAACUUCAAGCAUGGCGACUUGUCUGAUAUGGGCGAGAACGGCAUCGGUUUGUCGGGUGGUCAAAGAGCCCGAGUUGCUCUCGCACGAGCUGUGUACAGCCAGUCGCGGGUGCUACUGUUGGACGACCCUCUCGCUGCGUUGGACCACAACACCGCCGAGUCCAUUGUCAAGAAGCUUUUCCAGGGUUCUCUUGUGGAAGGUCGCACGGUUGUCCUUGUCACUCACAGAGUCGAUUUGUGCCUCCAUCUCGCUCAGCAGAUGGUCGAAAUCGUUGACGGCACCGCACGCGUUUUGAGCUCGGAAGAGGCAUCUAAUGAGAUUGCGAAAUUCCUUCUCGAGGACGAAGACCAGACGGCCCAUCAAGAUGAGCAGGAGAACACGAUCGAUGAGACUCAGCAGAACGCCGCGAUCCCAUCCAAGUUCAUUGAAGACGAGCACCGAGCCCACGGCGGAGUCAUGUUGUCUGUCUACUGGACUUAUAUCAAGGCGGGCAAGCUUAAGUGGUGGGGCGCGCUUGUGCUCGUCUUUGGUCUGUUCAGAUUGGGCAGCCUCCUCAACUACUGGUUUCUCAAGGCCUGGGGCGAGUCGUAUAACGAAGAGACCUCUGUGGAGGUUGCCUCGGCUGGCGUGGACUUUUCCCAUCUCUUUGACCAGCUCCCGGAUCCCGAUGUCGACCUGCGCCCGUGGCUUUUUGUUUAUCUGGGAAUCGCGAUUUUCCAGGCUCUCAUCUUCACCUUGUCUGAAGGUCUCGCCCUGCUCAUGAUCUAUAAGGCCGCCAAGAGCCUGUUCCGCCGGGUCAUUGAGAAAGUCAGCCGGGCCACCUUCCGGUUCUACGACGUCACUCCCGUCGGACGCCUCAUGAACCGCCUCGUCUCAGAUAUCGGUAUGAUUGACGGAGGUAUCAUGUCUCCCUUGCAACAGGUGGCUUGGUGGUCCCUGGCCUGGUUCUCGAGUAUGGUGGUCAUUGCCUCCGUCACCCCGCUCUUCCUUCUCUUUUCCGUCGGAAUGACUCUGUGGUUCGUUUACGUCUUCAUGCGCUUCCUACCGACGUCGCAAAGUCUGCGAAGAUUGGAGAUGGUCUCGCUGAGUCCGCUGAUGUCCAACUUUGGCAUUCUCCUUGAUGGUUUGGCUACGAUCCGUGCCUUCAAAGCCCAGCACCACUUCCAGAACAUGAACAUCGUGGUCACCGACGCCUUUCAGAAGAUGGACCACUUCUACUGGAGCUUGCAGGCUUGGCUGAUGUACAGAUUCGACGCCCUAUCUGCCCUCUCAACGUUUGCACUUACUCUUCUGGCGCUCUACAAGGGACUGUCGCCGGGUUUGACGGCUUUCGUCCUCACCACCGCCUCGUCCUUUGUCGAGGCAACCCACAACCUCUGUAAGCAGUACGGUACCCUCCAGAUGGACUUUGUGUCCGUUGAGCGUGUAAUCGAGCUUCUUCACAUUCCAGAGGAGCCCUGCGGAGACACCAAGCCUCCCGCCAGCUGGCCUCACCACGUCGACGACGUCAGCUUUGAGAACGUCACUCUGAAGUACGCACCCCAUCUUGAUCCCUCGCUGUCAAAUGCCACCUUCACAAUCCCUGGCGGAUCGACUUGCGCCGUUCUGGGCAGAACAGGGUCUGGUAAGUCCACCCUGGCCCUCGCGCUCCUCGCAACGAUCCACCCGUCCGAGGGUUGCAUCCGCAUAGGUGAGUACAAGCUGUCCGACGUAGACGUCCACUUGUGGCGGCAGAGAGUCAGCUUCGUUGCACAAGAUCCGGUACUCUUCCCCGGCACGCUCCGUGAUAACCUCGACCCGUUGCAUCAGUACACCGAUGUCGACUGCAUCGGGGUUCUGCAUCGCGUCUUGGGUCCCGACUGGGAUCUCUACAUGCACAUCGAGGGCGGCGGCAAGAACCUGAGCCAGGGCCAGCGUCAGCUUGUCGGUAUCGGUCGGGCAGUCCUCCGACGGAGCCCGAUUGUUGUGCUGGAUGAGGCGACGGCGUCGAUUGACAAGGAGACGGCCGCUAGAGUUCAGGAGGUGCUGAGGAACGAGUUGACAACCAGCACCGUCAUCACCAUUGCCCACCGUCUCGAGGCAGUCCAAGAUGCCAACUACUUCAUUCGUUUGGAUAAGGGUAAGGUGGCCGAGCACGGGCCGACGCAAGGCUUGAAUCAGUAG